GUUAAACAACCACCAAAAAGCCUCUUUACCUUCUAUCAAAUAUGAAGACUGGAUCCUCCUUCCUCAAAGUCCUACUUACUGGUAGCUUUGUGAGCGCCAAGUACACGAUUAAGAUUCCCAAAGAUGCUAUCUGGGUCACAAACUGGGAUCAACUUCAUGAAAUGGGCGCAAAUUACCCCGACACAGCCUUGGUUGAAAAAUACGGUGGCAAUGUAAUUGAAGUCGAUGGAAAAAUUGUUCUUGCGACAGAUGAGGAAAUGACCAAACAGAUUGACAGCUUGAUUAAAGAGUUGGAAAAGGAUGAUAUAGAGGUCGAAGCAGAGACAGAGACUUCAAAAAGGCGAGACGUAGAGAUUCCUGGACCCUAUCGUCAAUGCAGUCACCCUCGCUGCUUUUAUGAUGUCACUUGUCAUUCUUAUACUAAUUGUCACAUCUGUAGGCGUCCAACUGGUAGGAGAGGGAUCUGUAUUUAAAUUCAAGUAUUAGUUCUCAAGUAAUUCCAAAUGAGAAAGAUACUAUGCAUGUAAUAACG